GAGGCCCAGCAGACAGUGAACACAGAAGCACAAGAUGGGGGGCCUGCGAGGGAGGGAGGAGGGCUCCCAGCACCCCAGCCGGCUGAGACAGUGCAGAUGGAGCGCCACGUGGGGCUGGGUGGGAGGCAGGAAGUUCCCUCCGUGGGAAGUGGGAAGCUGGGUCGUGCUGAGUGAAGGGAGAGCAACGGGCAGCCUGCGGGAGGCCACCAGGCUCCUGGGCAGCUCCUCCCCUUCCCGCCCCGAGCUAUGGGCAGCCCGAGCCCCUGAUCAGCGAGAAAGAAAGCAACCAGUGAUGGUGAUGAUGGCACUCAGCCUGUACACCUGCUGUCCUCAUGCCCACGGGUGGCUGGGGCCGGACCAUGGCUGAAACCAGGAACCAGGAGUGCCAUGCAGGUCCUCCUACUUGGUUCUGAGCUAUUGCUACUGUGUCCAAGAGUGUACGGUAGUAGGAGGUAGAUCUGGGACUUGAACCCACCCGGUGUUGUGCAAGACAGGUGUCUGCUGGACCACACACCCACCCCUGAGUCUCAUUUACUCAUCACAGCGAUCCGUGGAUGCAAGCCCUAUUAUUGCACCCCUUUUACAUAUGGUGAAAACUGGGGCUCACUGGAGUUGCCCAAGGCAUCUUGCUAGCAAUGGACAGAAUCAGGAUUGAACCCUCUCAGAGCCAGGGUCUGGCCAGCAGUUGGAGUAGGAUGGGGUGCAGCAGGAGGUGGGCCCUGGCGUCUGGAGGCAGCUUGCAGGACACCCAGGCACAGGUACCAGCACAGUACCCCUGCACAGGCUGCUCCUUGAAACGGCUUGGCGCCUCUGGGCCACCCCUCCCCCACUGAUGGGAAUGGCCUAGAAGUGGUUGCCUGGAAACAGGGCGGUGAGGAAUGGGGCCCUGUGUACAGCAGGGGCCUGAGGAAGCCCUGGGGCUUGCAGCCCGCCGUGUUUGAACCACCGGGUUGGCUCUGUGAAGCACACACACCUGUCAAAGCUCAUCCCCGGGGAUACUGGACACGGGCACUAUUUUCCUGUUACAGCAAAGGCGCCUAGGGAGAAGAUGAGCGUGGGCUGCCCAGAGCCCGAGCCAGCCCGCUCCCUGCCCUGCUGCGGGACGGGGGCCGCCCCGGGAUCUGGGACGGGUGUGCCACUGCUCACCGAGGACAUGCAAGCGCUGACCCUCCGCACGCUGGCCGCCAGCGACGUCACCAAACACUAUGAACUCGUCCGGGAGCUGGGCAAAGGCACCUAUGGCAAGGUUGACCUGGUGGCCUACAAGGGUACAGGCACGAAAAUGGCGCUGAAGUUCGUGAACAAGAGCAAAACCAAGCUGAAGAACUUCCUGCGGGAGGUGAGCAUCACCAACAGCCUGUCUGCGAGCCCCUUCAUCAUCAAAGUCUUCGACGUGGUCUUCGAGACCGAGGACUGUUACGUCUUCGCCCAGGAGUAUGCGCCCGCUGGGGACCUGUUUGACAUCAUCCCUCCCCAGGUGGGGCUCCCCGAGGACACCGUGAAGCGCUGUGUGCAGCAGCUGGGGCUGGCACUGGACUUCAUGCACGGGCGACAGCUGGUACACCGCGACAUCAAGCCCGAGAACGUGCUGCUCUUCGACCGCGAGUGUCGCCGCGUGAAGCUGGCUGACUUCGGCAUGACGCGCCGCGUGGGCUGCCGCGUGAAGCGCGUGAGCGGCACCAUCCCCUACACGGCGCCCGAGGUGUGCCAGGCCGGCCGCGCCGACGGCUUCGCCGUGGACACAGGCGUGGACGUGUGGGCCUUCGGCGUGCUCAUCUUCUGCGUGCUCACGGGCAACUUCCCGUGGGAGGCGGCGUCGGGCGCCGACGCCUUCUUCGAGGAGUUCGUGCGCUGGCAGCGUGGCCGCCUGCCAGGGCUGCCGUCACAGUGGCGGCGUUUCACCGAGCCUGCGCUGCGCAUGUUCCAGCGCCUGCUGGCUCUGGAGCCGGAGCGCCGUGGGCCGGCCAAGGAGGUCUUCCGCUUCCUCAAGCACGAGCUCACAUCGGAGCUGCGGCGCAGGCCCUCGCACCGCUCGCGCAAGCCGCCUGGGGACCGUCUGCCUGCGGGGCCGCUGCGCCUCGAGGCGCCCGGGCCGCUCAAGCGGACGGUGCUCACCGAAAGCGGCAGCGGUUCCCGGCCCGCACCCCCGGCCGUCGGGCCUGCACCUGUGCCCGUGCCGGUACCCGUGCCGGUGCCUGUGCCCGAGACCGGCUUGGCGCCCCCGGGGCCCUCCGGCAGGACCGAUGGCCGCCCAGACAAGAGCAAAGGGCAGGUGGUGCUGGCCACAGCCAUCGAGAUCUGCGUCUGAGCCGCCCUCGGGCCUGGGGCACCAUGCACAUCCAGAUGUUCCAGUGACUGUGUCCGGCUGCCUCCAGAGACCUGCCCGCCUCUCAGGGUGCCUGGGCCUGCAUCUUCCCACAGCGCUCAGAGGAAGCAGCCCCGAGGCAUCUGAAGGACCCUUCAGACACCAGGGCAACAACACUGAGGGGAGCCCAGCCUUGCCCAGUGCUCCCGGGUGACCACCCUGCCCUCUCUGGAGGCCUGGGAUCCCCGCAAUAACCUCAAUAGGGGUGAGGCUGUGCCCUCAGCCUGGCCAUGCCCCACCCACGGUCCUGGGCCACCCCUACUAGGUGGGUCCCUACUGGGUUCUGGGGCAUUGAUGGGCCAGGCUGGCUUCGAAGAGUCUCUGACCGCCCUCUGGCCUGGAGUCCCCUAAUACCACCACAUUUCCAGCUCUGCCCCUCACUCCCACCAUGCAAAGGGCUAUAGGUCCCCUGCCCUGCCUAGGUCCCGUUUACAAGCUGUGUGGCUGCCCCAGGGCCUGGCCCCUCUCCUCCCUGGGGACAUGGGACCCUCCACGUGCCAGGUAAGUAGCAAAACCCCUCCUGCCAAGGGCCAGGUCUCCCAGAAGGCCCUCCCCCUCACUGCCCCCGGCCCAGCUGAAGCCCGAGGGGCCACAGGGGCCACCUCUCCCCUGCCGCAACUUCUCCUUUUGCCUUAGGCCUCUCCACACCCUGGUGUCUCCUGCAAUAACAAGGAAGCGAAAUUCCAACAGUCCACGUGCCCGCCAGGCCCUCUCUCUUCUCUUUCUCUCUUUUUCUCUGUUAAGAUCCUGUUUGGGAGUUGGCUCCCUCGUCGUAGUAUCUAGGAUGUUAGCGUUGGGAAGGGACCGUAGUUUCGUAGCCCAGCCUGCCCUGGGUUUGGAGCCACCAGUCUGGCCCCAGACAAACCCUGUCAGGCCACGGCUGCCACCGCCGCUGUUGGCCGGGUGGGGACCCUCUGCCCUUUCUAGGAGAUGUGUUGGUCACAGAUGUUUACCUCAGUUGAUGUUACAGUCAAAGAAACAAACAAAAAAUACUAGCAAAAAAUAACACCGUAGACAUGGAGAUGUAGAAAAUAAACAAAACAAACAAAAAAACUAAAAAAAAAA